GUCAGUUUUCAUUUCUGUGUAGUACGUUUGAGGUGAAGUUGAAAGCUAAACUGAAAAGCUUAAAAGCAAUCUAGACUUUUCUUAUUGUAUAGAUAUAAAAGAUUUAUCUGAUGAUUGAAGUAAACAGAACAAUCGUUUAUAUCAUAGUCUUCCUCCAUAAGUUCCUCACAGCUUCUGAAUUCUUUUAAUUACUAUUACGCAUUUUACUUAUUGAUUUCUAAAAGCAAAGCCUUGAAUUCACUUCGAGGCAAUUCGAGAAUUUUUAUUUAAUUUAUCGAGAAUCAUGGAUGAUAAACUAACUUCAACAUCGCUUGAUUUUACAUCGAGUUCUGAGAAAGGAAGUAGAAAUUCAUUACCACAUGAGCCAAAUUCAUCAUCGACAACGCAAUUGGUUGUGGAACGAACCAACUGGAGUAGACCAAUUGAAUUUAUUCUUUCUUGUUUGAGUUAUGCAAUCGGACUUGGAAAUAUCUGGCGCUUUCCGUUUUUAGCAUUUAGAAAUGGCGGUGGAGCAUUCCUGCUACCCUACCUCUUGUCAGCAAUCUUCAUCGGACUUCCAAUCUUAUUUGCAGAGUUCGUUGUAGGUCAAUACAGUGGCUUAGGACCGAUAAAAGCUUAUAGCUUCCUUUCUCCACUUUUCAAAGGAUUAGGCUAUUCAGCACUACUUGUGAUAACAUUUGUAUCGAUUUACUAUAUGUUGAUAAUCGCUUGGGUUCUAUUUUAUCUGUAUACUUCAUUUUUCCCAAGUUUAACAUGGGGCAGAUGCGAUAACGAUUGGAAUACUGAGAACUGCUACAGUGUAUUAGAGGACAUAAAUUGCCGUACGAAUAACAUGAACAAUGAAGAUGAUCAAAUUUUUUAUCGUGGACAAUGUAGACGUGUUGCUGAUGUAUGUGCUGGUUAUGGACUUUUAGGAGCUAACGUUACUAACUGUUUUAACUCAACAGUAAAUGAAAAUGUUCCAAUCCAUAGCAUUAUAAGGCGUACAUUGUCGUCAGAAGAGUUUUAUUAUGAGAAUGUGUUGGGUCUUGGUGAUGCGACUUGGACUAAUUUUGGAUGGCCAAGGUGGCAACUUGUUGUAUGUCUGUUGAUUGGUUGGGCUUUGGUCUACUUGUGCUUGAUAAAAGGAAUUCAUUCUAUUGGAAAAGUAGCUUACUUUACUGCAACAUUCCCAUAUUUUGUACUGACAGCAUUACUCAUCCGGUCUUUGACAUUGCCUGGAUCCUAUGAUGGAAUACGCUUCUUCAUAAUUCCUGACUGGCAGAAGCUUUUAAGUCCGGGAGUUUGGGGAGAUGCUAGCAGUCAAAUAUUUUAUUCCCUUGGACUUGCAUGUGGUUCACUAGUUGCUUUAUCGUCAUAUAAUAAGUUUAAAAACAAUUGUCAUUUUGAUGCAAUAUUUAUAUCGAUUGUGAAUUUUGGAACAGCUAUUUUUGGAGGAUUUGUAGUCUUUGCGACUCUUGGAUUCUUGUCACAUUCAAUGCAGGAACCGAUUGAAACAAUUGUGACUAGUGGACCUGGAUUGACAUUCAUCACAUAUCCUGAGGCUAUUCUCCUAAUGCCAGGGUCUCAAGCAUGGGCGAUUUUAUUCUUCCUGAUGAUGUUAACCUUAGGAUUAGGCUCACAAUUUCCAGGCGUCCAAAUGAUAUCAACAUCCAUCAUCGAUCGUUGGGCACAUCUUCGUAACCAAGAAUGGAAAGUUACAGCUGGUGUCUGUAUGGGUUGUUUUGUUGCUGGACUUCCAAUGACUUGCAAUGGUGGAGUUUACCUAUUCACGUUACUGGAAUGGCAUACAGCAAGUUGGGCAAUCCUCCUAAUUGGUGCUGGUGAAGUUGUCAUCUUCUCAUGGGUCUACGGACUUGGAAGAACUUUCGACAGCAUUUGUGAAAUGGGAAUAAAGUUCGUAAAAGCUACUAGACUGUUCUGGUCAUCAGUUUGGAUGGUCAUUACUCCAAUCGGUUCUGUUGGAAUUUUCAUCUUCAUUUUAACUGAUCUUGGCUCAACAAAAUUCCGUGACUAUGUAUUCCCAGUAUGGGCUGAUACAUUAGGUUGGAUGUUCGGUUUAUCAACAUUACUUCCAUUCGUGCUGUUUGGUGCUUAUACUUUGGUUACGACAAAGGAUCGCAAGUCACUAUUGCAGCCAACUGAAGAUUGGGGACCUCAAGAAGUUGAUGGACAGAGGGUUGAUAGAGGAUUGACUAUUUAACAGUUAUUGCAAACAAUAGUAUUCAAAAGUCAUUAUAAUUGACUCAAAGAUAUUAAAGAUAUAGAUUUUAUAUAAAGUAAGAUUGUAGCAUUCCGAAUUGUAUACACAACUCUAGCAAUGAGA